UUGGACAGCUAAACCAGCCCGCGCUUGACACCCACCAACCAAUCCAUCCGGUAUCUGACGUACCUUUUUGGACGGUCAUCCCGAAGUUGUUCUCCAUACCCACGUUGCUGCUUCUGCUUCUCUGCAGUCCCAUGUCAAUGGUGUCCUGUUCUGUAUUCGCCACCUUUCGUUCAUGACGACGGACCUGAGCAGCCCGCGCAGCGAGCGACAAAGAACCCCAGGCUGAGGAGCGCCAUCGCAGCCGACUCUGGCGUCCGCCAUGUGGCGAGACCGCACGAACCUGUACGUUGCUGCACUCUCUCGCCCUUCAUCCUGCGAAAACCACUUUCCUGCUAACCAAUUUGUGCACAGCUACAUUUCCUAUCGGCAGUCGUACGCGCACCAUCCGACGAAGCGGACAAAGUACAGCGGUGCCGCCGGUGGGAACAGCUUUGGCGAUGCCUUCCCGGGAAACAGCAGUUAUGCCAGCGGCAACGAGGAUACGCGCGGCCUUCUGUCGGCUGGCGCCUUCGAAGACGACGGCGAUGCGGUCAUAGAGAUGGACCUCUUACCCCCACGAUGGGUCGACAUAUCCGACAAGAUCACUGAGCUGCUCACCGACAUAGCCACCAAGAGCCAAGCCCUUGAGCGCUUGCACCAGAAGCAUGUGCUUCCCGGCUUCAACGAUGAGGACACGAAGAAGGCCGAGGAGCGUGAGAUCGAGACCCUUACCCAGCAGAUCACUAAGGGCUUCCACGACUGUCACCGCUGCAUCCAGCGGGUCGAGCAGAUGGUUAGGGAAUCCCAGCAUGCAGGGACGAUAACCAGUGCAGAGGAGACCAUGGCCAAGAACAUACAGAUAUCACUGGCCUCGAGGGUACAAGACUCCAGUGCGCUCUUUAGGAAAAAGCAGAGUGCAUAUUUGAAAAAGCUGCGUGGGAUGAGCGGCCUUGGCGGCGGCAGUGGAGUUGGACCAGGUGAUAGGGGGUCGACGCCGCAACCCUCGAGUUCCUACAUGGACCCCUCGAUGCUCGAGUCCGACGCCGACAGAUCUUUCUCGCAGUCGACGCUUCAGGCGACACAGCAGAAGCUCCUGCAGUCCAACGACGCGGCCAUUAUCCAGCGCGAGCGAGAGAUCGAGGAUAUCGCGCAGGGUAUUAUUGAACUUGCCGACAUAUUCCGCGACCUGCAAAACAUGGUCAUCGACCAGGGCACUAUGUUGGAUAGGAUAGACUAUAACGUUGAGCGUAUGGCUACUGACGUUAAGGGCGCCGAGAAGGAGCUCGUUGUCGCCGCGGGCUACCAGAAAAAGACGACCAAGCGGAAGAUUAUCCUCCUCCUGCUUAUCGUCAUCGCAGGAAUGAUCAUUCUGCUGGUGAUCAAGCCCAAGCACGGGGGCGACGAGUAAGGUGGGCUGGCCGUACGUGAAGUGCGGGGCGCCCAGCCUAUCUGUGCAAGACGCCUCAAAUGAGAGACGAGAAGUGUAAACAUUAAAUGUAUGAAUUUGACUAGAA